GGAAAAAAAAUGUCUCGUGUGCAGUGAAGGUCGCAGUAGCCGCAAUAAAGUGUCAGUCCCUCAUUACUUAUAAUUCAUCUACUAUGGGAGGGAAAAAAAAGGCUACUACUCAUAAACCAAGAGUUAAGGAAAAUUCUAAGCCUUCCAGCAGCGACAAGGCCACUAGGUUUUUGGUUGAACAUACUGGAGGUCUAGGGGUACCUUUAACAUGUCUUUUGGAUACGAAAUUACAAAGUGUCAUGCUUAAUACUGAUGAGCUGAAAACGGAAAGUUGUCAGGGGAAGUUAACUGGGUUCGUUCCUAUCCUUCAAGACCCAGAUGCAUCAGGUUUAGACACACAACUUCUAAAUAUUUUAAGACGUCUAGAAAAGCGCGAUUCGGUUACCAAACAAAAGGCAUUGCGUGAAUUCUGUGAACUUCUCAAACCCGAAUCAAAUAAAUCUGAGUGCAUUUCUGUGAGUACAAGCUCAAUUGUGGCUGUUUUACCAUUUUGGCCAAGAAUUUACCAUCGUCUUUCGUUUGAUGGGGAUAGGAAAGUUCGUGAACUCGUUCAAACAACUAUGCAUGCACUUGCAUCUCGUGUUGGCAAAGAUUUAGGUCUAUACCUAAAGCAGGUAAAUGUUAUCCAUAAGUUUGUACCAUUUCAAUGUAAUCUUUAAUUAUAAUUUAUGACCAAUAAACGUAGUUUGGUACUAAUGAUGGUCACCACAGUAAUGUAUGACCGUUCUAGAAUCUUCAAUUCUGGCAUCUAUUUAGGUUACACUUAUAGAUGUCUUUACAUAUCCCUGGUUGUCAUUUUACGCAUUUAAUCUUUCCUCUAACUGUGAAGGAAUUUCAAAUGAAAUACGUAGGUAGUUUUUUUCUACUUAAUCACUUCAUGUAACCAAACCUAGUUUAACAUGACACGGGCCCGUGUGUAUUUAGACAUUGUUUCUACUUCAAGUCACUGGAUAAAGGUAGAAUAGUUAGUUGGUGUGCAAAUACCGUGGUUAUUGGUAGUUAACAAAAAAAGUGAGCAGAUAUGCUCGAGAGAUUGAGAUUUUCAGGCGAAUCUGAUAUUGUAAUUGUUUGUAAUGUUCAUCCCAAGACUUUGUAACUUUCAAAACCUUAUGUUUUUUAUAUAGAUUUUAAAUUUCACGUCAAUAAAAAUAAUCUUAUCUGUGGCGUAUUUCAGUGUUCUUUAUUGUGAAGAUUUUUAAAUUCAUGCAACUCACUAACUAAACGUAAAGUGUUUUUUAACUGACAUUUGAUCCAAAGUAUAAAUGAAGAUGCUAGAGAUUUUAGCUUGACAGAUAUUUAAGAAAACAAUGAAAACUGUAUAAAUAACCUAUUUGAACGCUUUUUAUUAGUAAUCAGAUUAGAUUCAUCUCUACCUUUUUAGAUAUUAGUUUACUGAAUAUCAUCUAUUUUUAUUUUGGCUUAUAUGAUGAUACUUUUUAGAUUGUACCAAUAUGGACUUUUUCUACAGUUGAUACCUAUGAAUCAGCAGCCCUAUAUGCUACUAAAGGGUUGUAUGACACCUUUCCGGGGAAGAAACUAAUAGAUGUUCACUGUCUGUGCUCUAAACAACUCUUAGAUAUGGUUGAAACUCAAUUAUUUGAACUAACACGUAAAACAUGUGCAGAUACAGUGUCAUAUUCCUCUUCGAAACAUUGUUCAUCCAUGAAGAAUGACGACAACCCUGUGGGAAAUACCAGUACGGAGUUAUCGUCUUACUCUUUUGACCUUUCAUCAACGUUGCGCUUCUUGACCUCCUUUGUUGGUAAUCUGGUUCAUCUUUCACCAGAUCACAAACAACUGAUUCGCCUAAAAAUGUUGUUAUGUCCUGAAGGUAUUUGGGAUAAAGUGGUACGUUGUUUAAAAACUUUAAGGAGCGAACAAAAUCCUAAUUGCCUAGAUCAAACCUACGGGACAUUGUCUGGAGCUUGUAUCGCUGUGUAUAGGCUGUGUUCGGUUUUGUGUCGUAAUUCUUCUUGGUGUCGGUGGAUGAAGGAAGCAAGUGAUGGGAAGGUUCUGGGUGAAUAUAUCAGCAAUAUAACCGUUGGAUCACUGGGUGUUACUUGCAUACUACUUGAAAAUACAUUUACUAGUAAAUCAGUUGAUAUUCGCACUCCUUUGGAGCUCAGCACUAGUGUGUAUUCUUCACUCUGGGAUGCAGCUUUGGCUUGUUUAACUGGACUAUCUGGUGAAUUUGUGUGGUCUGUCGUGGAUUGGAGUCAAACGUUUGUUACGAGAUUGGAAAAUCUUCUUAAUUAUUCCGAGAAGAUUCAAGCUAAACAGGCUUAUACACAUUUACUAUGUCUUGUGAAUGAAUUUCCUCUGGAUUAUUGUAAUUUAAAAAUCCAUGAGUUGGAGAUAUUAGAAAAACUUUUUAUUGACUCAACUUUGUUAGGAUUACACCGUUCACUUGGUCACACACGCGUUUCAGAUGGUGACUACAGUGAAACUGGUUCAUACCAUUCAGACGAUCCGGACGUAUCCCUUGUUAUAGCCACAGGGACUAUGGAAUGUGUACGAUAUUUUAUUGAUCGAUUGCUAACACCCAUGGACGAUGAGAACAGAAAAGAAGUUCUUUUGGCUAAAAAGUUGUAUUCAAAGGUUCUUAUACGUCUUUUUUCUGACUGUCUUAUUACACAUGCACGAGUCCAUACUUCUCCAAAAUUGGUUUGCAGUCGUCCACCACUCUCCAGGCAAUCCUACUUAAAUAUUGUUUUCAAUCAAACUGCAAAGUUUUGCAAUAAUAUUGCUCAAUCUAAUCAUCAGCUAAAAAUACAAAUGUAUGAUGAAUUAAGAAAUACUUUAUUCAAAUGGAUUUCCUUAGGACAAUCAAACGAAUUCUUAACACCAAUAAUUGACGUCGGCAAAGUGGAUCGUUUGUUUAUUGGAGUUGUUGAUCCGUUACGAUUAAUCAGCUUUGUAAAUCAUUUAGCUAAAUCCAGCAACCAGAAAGUUAACCGUUAUAUACAUAAUGAUUCAAAAAUUUCACAAAGAGUAGAUAAUAAAAUGAAUUAUUGUGAUUUAACUUUUACUGUGCAAACAGAGUGGUGCAUUAAUCUAUUUUGCAGUAUUAGUGAUAUAUUACUAAACAACAUGAAUGCAAAUUUGUUUGAAGACAGUCCAAAUGAUAGUUUCCAUAUUUUGGUAUUCUUAUGCAUCUACGGUUAUCUCCCUUUGAAAUCUUUCUCUGCUCCAUGUAUUCUUCGAAAAGUAUUUUCUUCACUGUUGUCUAAACUACCUUAUGAAGUGCAUGCAAUUUGUUGGUCCUAUCCAGUUAUACAAGGCUUAGCCAAAUUAUGGAUUCUUUCUUCUGAAAACAUUGAUAAUGAACGAGACAUCCCCAAUAAUUCAUCGAUUUGCUUAUUAUUCACUAAUAAUAUACUUCCAGUACUGAUUCAGUCAUUACCAAGUCUAGGGAAUAUUUUCGAUUCAGCCAGUGUUUGUACAAAAUUAUUAUCAAAUCGUGUUAGCAACACUUUAUGUUUUUGGGCGCAGGUAUGGUUUGACAAAGUGGUUAUAAGUGAUGAAAUUCCUUUUCCAACAGUUGUUAUAUCAUUCAUGAAUAAUCUGCAUUCUUUAAUAACAAAUUCUUUCCAUCACAUAUCAAGCAAUAAUAGUAAUAAUGAUUGUAAUUCACCUGAGAUGAUUAUUCCUAUCCGGUUGGUUGGAACGUUGUCUACUUGUCUUAAACGACGCUAUGCAAAUGUGUUGUUCUGCGAUAAUACCAACUGUAAUGUCACUAAUGCAUCAGAAUUAAGAAUCGUUGGAAGUUUGUUAAUUCAUUUACUACAUAUGAUAAACAACAAUAAUGUAUUCAGUUCAUCCUGCUUAAAUUAUCUUUAUUUAUUUCUGACAAAAAUCCUGUUUUGUUCAUAUAGCAUUAGCGCAUUCGUUAAAAUUAACGAAUCCCUAGAUGCUUCUUAUUCAUCAAAAUCUAAUGCAGAUGAUCACUUUUUACCUAAUGUUAUUUUAACUAAUGAUGACAAUCAUCAUGCGUACAAUUAUGAAGAUGGUGAUAAUGAUGUUGUGUUUAAUUUAAAAGAAUUAAUUAACCGUUCAGAGGUAAUUAUUUUAAAACGAUUAAAUCUCGAAGAACUGAAAGAUUGCAAUGAGGAAAGCUUCUUUAAUCAAUUCUCUAAUCUAAUUUUCACGAAUACCGUUUCUUCAAAAUUUAUCACGCCAUUAUUUUAUCAUUUUAUUUCUCGUAUUUAUUCAACUGUACAUGAUAAACUAAAUUCUUCAUCUUCCGUUUCAUACUUUUCUAUGCUCUGGCUGAAAUAUUUGGUCAAACACGUAAAACUUGUUUUAGAAGCAGUUGUAAAAAUAUAUCCUUUACCCGAAACAUUUUUAAUUUCCCGCCAUCUUUUACACGAUCACAGCAUAUCUCCGUUAUUUGUAUUGCCAAAUUUCGGUCAGUUAGUCCGCUUACAUCAAUUGGGUUUAUUAUUACGUCUUCAUGUGCAGUUUAUGUCAUGCGAUAACGAUGUUUGUUCAACUCAAUAUUUACUAUGUCUUGGAUUUAUACGUGUCUGGAUAUCAAGCUUUCGUGAGCCAUUGGAUAUAUGUAUUGAUAUUGGUUUGUCUUCAAAGCAAACAGAUUUAAGUGUAUUGAAUAUAAAUGGUCAACUUGAGAACUUUGAGUCAUCAAUGUCCUCAUUUGAAGAAAAUAGAGUGUUGCUUGAUAAAACGUUGGGAUCAUUUUGGCAUGAAUUUACAUCUGACCUUCCACUUUCACGCCUCUUGAGCUUAUCAUCACCAAACGCUUUGAAAUACAUUGUUGAAUCAGAGUCACAAACUUAUCAUAUUCUACAAUCAACAGUAAAUAGCUUGUUAUUGAACCGUUUACGUACUAUGCAUCCAAAUUUAUGGCCUCAUGAUAUCAAACUUGCAGCUAGUUGUAACGAUGAUGAUAAUCAAAACUUAACGUGGACUGACUUAUAUUUUCCACUUAAUUCAUCAGCAGAAAACAUUUAUUCAGAUAAAAUACGUUUUAAUACGUGUAUUGAGCUUUAUUUACCUGCAGGUGUAGUUCGUCGUUGUCUGUCAAGGCAAGAAUUGCUCGGCCGAUUAAAAAGUUUUUCUUUAUCUGUCGAAAAGUGCAACUUAUCAGAUUUAAGUGAUCACCACUUAAAAACUCAUGCUUAUAUUAUUGAGUUGAUUUCAGCUCUUGCAAAUGUUCGCGCAACUGCACCUAUUUACCUCACAACAUUUUCUUCUAUUAUUCUAGAGGAUUACCGAACAUGGUUAGCCAAAUUAACUACUUCUGCUACGGAGGAUAAAAGUUUAUGUUUAAAGUCACCAGUAGUGUUUAAUCUAUGUCUUUCAACAAUUAGUUACCUUGAAUGUUUAUUAUUGUUGUGGCAGCCUUGGCAAUGGAGCGCCAUAGAAUCCGAAAAAUCCCCAAUAUCUGUCAGACCGGGUCUCGUUCAGUUGAGUAUGAGAAUGCGUCAGUUAAGACCUUCUUUAUCUGUUGAACAGUGGGAUUUUGUUCUUUGUUUGACUGUGAGUUGGGUUUAUUCAGUUGGUCAUUAUUUUUGUGGCUCAUCUAAUCCUGGUGUCGAAAAAACUUUAUAUGAUUUACUCGCAACUCGAGUGUUUCGAAUGUCUGCUGCACUUGGUGCAAUAUUUAUUGAACGUUAUUCACAUUUACCUCUAUCGGAUUGCAUCAUUUUAAAGGAAACUAAUAUAGGUAAAAAAGUGAUUCAGUCCGACAACAUGGAUGCACACGAUGCUGAUGAGUGUGAGGAUGAAGAACCUGUAAAUGAGUUUUUUGACGAAGAAGAACAUGCAAAAACAUUUUCUGAUAUUCAGUGUGAUAGUGAUGACCAAUCUAAAAACGUUCUUUCAGAAAAUGUGAAUAUAGACUUCGAAGAGGAACUGGAGACUGACAUUAAUCAGAUGGGUAUAGAAGAUGCCGAUUUAGAUGAUGAAGAAUAUAUGUAUCGUGUUUUCGCAAAAGGACUACCUCUCAUACCUCGUCGAGGAGAGGCACCUCCACUUGUUCGAAAUGACUGGGAAAACUUUUUCGCUCCUGAUCACUACUCCACAUUCCUGCGACUUGUCUUAAAAAGCUGCAUCCCAUUGGAAUAUAGCAAAUCUCAGGCUGUCCUUGAUACUGAUGUCUACAUUCAGGCUUUGUGUGCUGCGUUUGCCACUUGUCCUGUUAAUCAUCUAAUAACUGCUUUCAGUAAUCAAUCUUCAUUGGUUUUUGAGUACUUGAGUGAUGUCCAAUUAAAGAUAGGUCAACCUUGCAUGAUAAGCCAACUUUUCCCGUCUAAGAUUGGGUCUGUAAAUGAUUUCACUGUCGGAUUUCGUGCUAGUCUAGAUAUGGCUUGCAAGUUAAUUGCUUACUCACCUCACCAGUCUGGUCAACUCCUCGGUUAUAUUUUAUUAAACAGACUCUCUGGAACUCGUGUACUACAAGGCAAGAAUGAAACUUCGAUAUCUAUAGCUAAUUAUAUGAUCCGUCGUAUUCCAACCUCUUGGAUGUCGGCUUUAUCAGGACUGUUACCUUCCUCUGUUGAGAAGUAUCUGCAAAGUGAGGUGGCUGCCGAUCACUGGGGUCGCGGUAAUUCAAGCUUAUUGUACUUGCGUGAUUUCUCUACUUCUGGCUGGACAGUCAAUUGUCAAACUCAUCAAGCUCUUCUUGGUUAUUUGUUAGCUUGGGAUAGUUUAUUAAGCUUAAUGACUUGUGCUGGACCCCAAACUCGGGCUUCUCUACAAAACUCUCUUUUGAGUUCAUCAGCCACUAUUUUUGAUAGGUUCAUGCUUACAAUUGGUUUACUUCUUCCAUCUUCAGGAAAUCUAGGAGAUUUUAUCAAUAAUUCUUGUAGACUGGAACCUGAUGAACGCCUUUUACUCCCUAACUCAACGUCUCGUAUAUAUCUUACAGCUGCUUUAACUGUAUUUUGUUCACGUCGCAACAGUAAACGUUUUGUUAACUUAGUAACAUCAGGUUCUACCGGUGAUAGUGAGUGGCGAGAUGCUUUCUCUCCUGAUGACUCACUUCUUCAUAUCCCUGGACACCGAGUGGCAACCGAUAUUAACCAUUUGGCUGCGAGGCUGUUUCGUCGUUUUCUUUCAGAAGCUCCCGCUUUAGUUCGUGCAUGGCAUACUCAACUUACUUCUUUAUCUAGUUUCCCACAAAGUGUAUCUGUACAAAUCAGUCCACUUGCUGUCCACCGUCCUGGUCGCUUACGCCAAUUAGCUGGUACGAUUGAUAAAAUUGUGUCGAAAUAUUUUUCGUCCAGUCUAGCUCGAGAUGAAGUUGUUUUGGUUCAGUAUCGUUCGUAUCUCCGAUUGUUAAGCAAAGAACGUUCUUCAAAGAGUCUAUUUUCUUUGCUUAAAAGUUCAGCUGAAGUUGGAAGUGUUCGGAUAAAAGGUCGUCCUUUAUCACGAGAAAUUAUUGCCACAUAUUACGUGGGAGAUGAUCAUUCGAUGGAAAUGGUUAUUCAGUUGCCAAACAACUAUCCUUUAAGUCCAAUUACUGUUAGUAAAGGGCGUAGUGUUGGUGUAGGAAGUCAACAGUGGCAGUCAUGGCUUUUACAAAUGUCUGUUUUUGUUAAUAAUCAUAAUGGAUCGAUUUUAGAUGGUAUUGAUUUGUGGCAAAGUAAUGUUCGGAAAAAAUUCGAUGGUGUUGAAGAAUGUGCAAUUUGUUACUCGAUUGUGCACAACACAAAUUUCAGUUUGCCUAAAAUGCGAUGUCACACCUGUCGUAAACUAUUUCAUUAUGCUUGCAUGUACAAAUGGUUUACAACUAGUCGAAAUCCUGCUUGUCCAUUGUGUAGACACUUGUUUAUUGAUCCAACCGGUCGUCCUGUAUCAACAUAAUGGGUAAAGAAAAUUUUGAUGAUCGAUGCAGCAAGAAAAUGUAGUAUUUCUAAUUAAUCUGAAUCAAAUGAUUAUUUGUUUCAUUAUUUCCCUUAAAUCUUGUUUUUUGUUACUUUUGAGAAGGAUUACUCUUUUUAUUUUUAAGUAGUUAUUAUUAUUAUAUUGUUUCUGAACUGUUCUGUGUAACAUAAACUAUCUGAAUUUUCUGUAUGUUUAAUGUGAAUGCAAAAUGUUUGUCAACUUUCUUUAUGGCGAAUUACUUCUUGAGAAAAUGUACAAAUGAUGAUACAGAUCUCAGAUAUCUGU